AUGAUAUCAACACCUUCAUACGACGAAGACGGUCGUGAUCAUGAGUAUUUUCGAUCUAUAUGCUUAAUCUUAAUGAUACUCAGUUUUAUUUUUCUCUUUGUUGGAGUGCUUGGAAAUACAGCGGUCAUCUUUUACAACAUAUGUCUAAACAACGAGCGAACGCUUAGCAGCUGGCUGGUAACGAAUCUUGCUAUUGCUGAUCUUUUGGUCUGCCUCACAAUUUAUCCAAAGACGAUUAUUCGGUACUUUCUAGUUCAUAAGAAAUAUGACGACGUUUUUCACAAGUUCAGUAACUCCACUCUUCAUUUCUCCCUGUUUCUUUCAACGACGUUGUUACUGUCCAUCACCGUUGAUAGAUACGUGUUUAUAGCGAAGCCUCUGAGAUACCCAAUCAUGGUGACAACGCGAAGAGUUAAGGCGGUCCUUUGUGUCAUUUGGUUAACUGCCACGGUACAGCUUCCAAUCGUGUAUAUUUUCAGCAAAGAACAUUCAAAACUGGAGAUUGAUUUUGUUCGGUCAAAUGCAAUAGAUCUAUUUCUGCUCUCAAGGGUUAUUUUGCUGUCAAUUCCCAUUGAUGUCACAGCGAUUCUCAACUACAAACUGUUAAAGAUUGUUCAAAGGAAAUGGAGAAUUCCAAGAAAAAUGAUGCAUCCUGAGCAAGAAGACCAUGAACAAAUGCCAAAACGCAAUGUAGCCUGGUUACGUGAGCUCUUGAAGCAAAUGAAGGCAAUAAAAACAUUCACAAUUAUAUUCGGAGUUCUGACAAUUUGUUUCCUGCCCUAUUUUGUUGUGAUGACGCUAUG